CGUCACAAUUUCCGACGCACGCUGCUAGUUAGAUGUUUAGGAGUUAGCGGCUAGCACUGGAUACAGCAAUUGUUCACAUGGCGAACGGAUGCAAGGAAGUGCUUUUUACGCGCGGAACUGGACAGAGUGAUGAUUCAGACAUCUGGGAUGACACCGCACUGAUAAAGGCUUAUGACAAGGCAGUUGCAUCUUUCAAGACUGCCCUUAAGGGUGAAGAUGAGCCACAAGUCUCAAAGAAAAACCAACCAGGAAAGAAACGCAAGAACAACAAGAAGAACCAGAGUAGGAAAAGAAACAAUGCAGCACCAGAAAAAGAGUGGCAGGUUGGGGAUUCAUGUAGUGCUUACUGGUCUGAGGAUGGGCAGCUCUAUGCAGCCACGAUCGCCUCCAUAGACAAGAAGAGAGGCACUUGUAUAGUUGUUUAUACAGGCUAUGGCAACGAGGAGGAGCAGAAUCUUGAAGACCUGCUGUCAGAGUUUUCGGAGGGUGAUGAGGAAUCAAAUACUAAGGUGCAUGAAGCAGAAUCUUCAACGGAGGAGAGUGACAGGUCAGCUACUCCAAACCAGCACAAACAGUCACCUAAUAAGGGCCACAAGUCCAAGACCCACAAAGAAUCACCUCCUAUGUGGGCUCCUGGUUUUCCUGGAUUUCCUCCAGUACCACCUCCCAUGCAUGCUUUCAGACAGGGGAGCAGCAAGCGAUCUGGUAGUCAUGGGCCUGUACCUCCUCCAUGGCCUCCCAUGAUGCCUUUUGGUCCACCGAUGGUUCCUCCACCUCCACCAAUGAGCCCUGACAUGGUGGAUGAUGAAGCCUUGGGCAGCAUGCUCAUCUCCUGGUAUAUGAGUGGAUAUCACACAGGAUACUAUCUGGGGCUGAAACAAGGGCGCAAAGAAGCUUCCAACUGGACAAAACAGCAUCACAAAUGAAGCCCUGCUUGUUAUGUCUGUCUGUUCAUAUGAAGUAAUGGAAGAAAGUUUUGUAUUCUUUGUAAAUAGAUGAAAUAAAGACUAUGAGAACA